GUUAGUGGACUUCAUUACUUUCACUUUAAUUACUUGAUUCUUCUUUAUAUGUCUUAAAUAUCAGUAUUUUUAAUUCCAUUGCGAUUUCCCCUUUAAAUCUAUUCAGAGACCCAAAUCUAAGAUUACGGCAUCCAGGAGGUUGUUUCUAAAGACGAAGCUUCUGAAGAAGGCAGCCUCUAUGCUAGUAACUGAGAAAGAGGAUAUACAAAGGGACAGAGAGAACACUUUGCGUGAGAGAGUGCCACCCCUACAACUGUCCGGUCUGUCUGUUCAAGACCUUCAGGCUCUCUGCAAAGACCUCCAUCAAAAGAUUGAUGUUGUAGAUGAGGAGAGGUAUGACAUCUCUGCCAAGGUGGCCAAACAUGAAAAGGAGAUUACAGAUUUGAACAUAAAGGUUACUGAACUUAGAGGCAAAAUGAAGAGGCCUGCACUCAAGAGAGUGAAGAUCUCAGCUGAUGCCAUGUUGGGAGCUCUUCUGGGCUCCAAGGUCAGAGAGUCUGUAGAUUUCAAAGCCAACCUCAAGACAGUCAAGAAAGAAGAGGAGAAGAAAGAAGAGGUGACUGACUGGCGUAAAAAUGUGGAAGCCAUGUCUGGAAUGGAGGGCAGGAAGAAGCUGUUUGAUCAAUAGAGGGUGAAAACUUUCAUGGAAUAAGUGACAUCAGGAAUCAUGGAUAAGGGCAGGGUUUCCAAAACUACUGAAGAUGAAUGUACAAUGCAAUGCAAAAUAUCUAUAUAUUAUUAGAACAACCACCCUUUAUAUGCAUGUUUUUUCAUUGUUGGUCAUAGCUUUGGAUCAUGACCUAAUGUUAAUGAUUGUCAGUGUUUUGAUUCACUUGGUAGAGGCACUGCAUGUAUUCAAAGAUAUUUAGAGUUGAAAACAUGUCUCAAACCCUUUGUUCUUUUAGUGUCACAAUAUUUCCUAUGAUGUCAAGCUCAUUUUUUGUCUUAAAAAUAAAUACAGU